AUGGCAUUGAGCUGGAUUCUAAUUGACCCAAUCGGACGACGAGCAGUGAAUCUUUCUUCUUAUAAGCCUGUUUCGGUACAACAACACUGGAUGAAUGGUGAAAUGCAGGUGCGGUUUGCUUUAAUUUUAGCCAGUGAUCACAAAAAGUCUCCUUCAGGAUUUGUACAGUGCGAGAUUGUGGUCACGUGCGAUGGGCCAAAGGGAGGAGAGAUGCAAGUGAAGGAGGUCAGCUUGGAGGUGGAGGAUAUGGAUGGAAAGCAUUUGACUGGGGGGGACAGUUUGGUUAUUUUGCAGCAGGCGUUGGAGGGUAAAAAGGGAAAAGGUGCGAAUAGGGAGAAAGAAGCGAGGAGGAGGUAUAUGGAGUUCUUGGACAUGAGGAGAGACAGGAAAGAAAGAAAGCUGAGGGUAGAGGGCACAUUGGACAUGUUUUGUGUGGCUUUUGGGGUAACCCUUAUAGCUAUGUUUUGGUUAUGGGCAAAUGUAAAAGUUUUCACCAAGUGA